AUGGCACCCGGCCUCCUCACCGACGAGGCCCAGCCCAACCUCCCCCAAACUGUCCCCAAGCGCAACGAUGACGCCCCGCGCCACAUCUUCCCCGACGGCAUCCGCACCUCCGGCCAACACCCCCCCCUCUACGGUCUCCUAAAACCCUACUCCGCCUUCCCCAAACACAUCACCGGCCCCACCGUCUGGCAAGCCUCCGACCUCACCGCCAACCCCUCCCGCUGGAUCCACCCCCUCACCUCCACCGACAUCGCCGAACUCUCCCUCGCCGCCGACACCUUCCUCGCCUCAGGACACCCCCUCGAAGGCAUCUCCAAGUCCACCUUCCCUCUUCCCACCCUAUCCCGCACCCUCACCACCCUCCGCGACACCCUGCUCAACGGCCAAGGCUUCACCCUCCUCAAGAACUUCCCCGCCCAAGCCUGGGGCCCGCACAAAACGGCCGUCGCCUACCUCGGGCUGGGCACCCACCUCGGCUACCCGGUCUCGCAAAACGGCCGCGGCCACGUGCUCGGCCACGUGAAAGACGUCGGCGACGACCCGGAGCAGAUCCACGCGGUGCGCAUCUACCGCACGGCGGCGCGGCAGUUUUUCCAUGCCGAUGAUGCGGAUUUGGUGGGGUUGCUGUGCGUGCAUCGCGCGCAGGAGGGGGGGGAGAGUGAUGUGGUCAGUGUGCAUCGGGUGUGGAAUGUGCUGCAGGCGGAGUUUCCUGAGGUGGCGGAGUUGUUGACGAGGCCGGUGUGGUAUUUUGAUCGGAAGGGGGAGGUGAGUGAGGGGGAGCAGGAGUGGAUUAGGCAGCCGGUGGUGUAUUUGGAGAAUGGCGGGAAGGGGAGGGUGUAUUGUAAGUGGGAUCCGUAUUAUGUGAGGAGUUUGAAGAGGUUUGAGGAGAAGGGGGUGGUGCCGCCGCUGAGUGAGGAGCAGAAGAGGGCGUUGGAGGUGCUCGAGCAGGUGUGCCAGCGUGAGGCGCUGCAUAUGGUGCUGGAGGUGGGGGAUGUGCAGUUUGUGAGCAACGCGCAUUUGUUGCAUGCAAGGACCGCGUAUAAGGACUUUGCUCCUCCAGCACCACGACGUCACUUGCUGAGGCUGUGGCUGGCCACGCCGGAAGGCGAGGGCGGAUGGGCUCUACCCAUGCCGGACAGCCACGAGAAGAAGCGUGGAGGAGUACAGGUCAACAACACGCCGCCCAAGGCGCCUCUGGAUGCGGAGUAG